GUCCGCGCUGCAUGCCCUGAUGAACUACAGCCUCGCAUAGUUCUCCGAAGCGGGACGUUCCUGAUUUUGGGACGUUUCACCCGUUUUUGCGACUUUAUUAUUUUCCUGAGGACUUUAUACUACCAUGAAGCCCUGAGAAGUUAGCUGGAAUAUUUUACAAUUGACGAGUUGGAUUUAAAAUGGCGGAGAAAGUGAUUAAAGUUGGGAAUGCUGCGGGCAAACCUGUGCCCAUGAAGCUGUUCGCGACAUGGGAAGUCGAAAGGACCUCGCCCAACUGUAUCCCGAGAUUGUGUAGCUUGCGGCUGACACGACUAGUGGUUCACAAAGCUUUAGAGAGUGAUCUCAAUUCAAUAAUAAUAGCUGUCAGAAUGCAAAGUUCCAAGAGAACAUUGCGGUCAAAUGAAAUUUUCUUGCAGCAAGGCAAAAUUCUGGACACGGUCCUUGACUUGUCAUUUUCAUUACAGUAUCCACAUUUUCUGAAGCGUGAUGGAAACAAGCUAAGAAUCAUGCUUCAGAGGCGGAAGCGUUACAAGAACAGGACGAUACUAGGCUACAAGACGCUAGCAGUUGGACUCAUCAAUAUGUCAGAGGUGCUACAACAAUCAAAGGACAAUGAGCUGAGUCUGUAUGGGAAGGAACAUGGAAUGGCCAGGGAUAAGGUGGCCCAGGUCACUGUCCUGGGACUGUCCAGUCAACCAGUGGACCAGGUCAAGAGAGAUCGGUCAGUGGACAUGGACAAUGAGAGCGACGACGAUGACGAUUCAUAUUCCUCGGACCAGGAGAAUAGCGACAGCGGUGAGAACAUGGUGGGAGGCCAGGUGAGAUCUCAGCUGCAUGCCCACCAGCUCCCCUGGAACGAUCUUCUUGGUGAAGGUGAAGAGGAGCAUGAGCCAGGGAGGAAAGGGAACAAGAUUCACAAUGUUACUAGGCAAAGAAACUUCAAGCAAAAGUUCAUCGCCCUCCUACGGAAGUUCAAAGUCGCAAGUGAUGAGAGCGACACGGAACCGUUCCCCUUUGAGGACCAGGAUCAGACACCAAUUGAUGAGGACUUCCUCUACGAUGAUCUAAGUCUCAUCAAUUACAGUGACAGCGGACCGGAUAUGGAUCCUGAUGAGAUGAGCAUAGAAUCAACGCCGAAACCCGUCCUGAGACCAUUCUUCUCGCAAGGCAUCCCCACAUCAAGCUCUAUGGCUGAGGACAUGGAACAUGUUGGUCAGUCUGAGCCCUCACCGGACAAUAGCCAGGACACGGUCAAACACACACAGGAUUUCUACUCCAAGGAUGCAAGCAUGGAAGAGUUGACCAUCCCCGAUGGCAACGCCGACAACACCCACAUCGUGGGCGAUCACCGGAGACAGGGUAGCAACGGCAGCUCGCACAGCGCCACCGACGCCAACAAGAACCCUGUCCCUGCAGCCAACGGAGACCGCACCAUACCCAUGGUUGGGUCCCAAGCGGGGGCGAUUGGGGCUAGGGAGGUGGGGUACAAGCGGAGCAGCAGCGCAGGGAGAGAGAUGAGAGUUGGAGGAGGUGGGAAGGAUGGGGAGCACCGGAGGAAUAAGUCGGCUGAGAGGUCCAACAGUCUUGGGACGGGAGAUAAGAGGAAACCUAAAUUGCCAAUCACGGAACAGCUCUCAGAGUUAUGGCUCACAGAUGAAACAACUCCAGAGAAGAUCUUAUUAGUUAACAUCUCAGAAAAACAUGGACAGUUUAUUGCCCAGUGCUUACAAGGAACAAGGAUAAGCAUUGUCAAAACAACUGGUGCAGCUGAUGUGGAGGCUACCAUCCAAUUCAUUGUACACAAAAUACAAAAAUUUUGUAAUCAGAAUGCCAGAGUCUUGUCACCCAUCAAGAUCGGGGUCUGUGGAAGUGAUGGCUUCAUCGGCUCUGUCCUCAAACCCUACGUUGAGACGUUCUCAGCCAAAUCAUCAGAAUGGCUCAACUAUGUCAAAUUCUACAUCGUCCCAACAGGUAACAACUCUGUGGCCAAAUAUUUGAGUUCUGUUGACACGAGGUACAGCUCAUUAUUCCAAGAUUCUCUCUGGAAGGAAGUCUGGGAAAAAUCAGACAAAGAGGCUGCAGCUGAUAAGCGAGAAAUAGCAAAUCGUGUUGAGAAAUAUCUGUCUGGUGCCACCACGAGUCUUGGUCUGCCCAUAGGAGAGGUGAUGCUCACAUGCAAGCAGAGGGGAUCUGAUGACGAAUCUUGCCAGAAAUUUGUUCCAUUUAUUAGUAAUGUAUUAAUCGGCCCUCCAAGUUCAGCAUUAGGAGCAGUGGCCAUUGCAGAGAGUGAAGAGUCUGCAAUGGGAGGUAGUCUGCUCUCGUCAAGUCCACCCUCAUCAGCCAAGGACAAGGUGGAUGGGAGUACCCCACCCCCAAGCCCAGCUGUCAGUACUACCACCGUCCCACAGAGCAGCAGCAGCAGUACCUCUGUCACCCCUACCAGUCCUCCCACGCCCAGCGGCAACAGUGAACUCCUGGACCUCCAGGUUGAGUACUGGCCCAUGUCGGGGAGCAAGAAGGAUAAAUCAUCCCUCAAGACCGCGUUCCGCUCCCUCACAGUCUACCGUUUACCGUCCACCAGUGAGGCUCCAGCCGCGACCGCUGCCCUCUCCAUGGUUGUCGUCACCAAGGAAAAGAACAAGAAAACAGUGAUGAGGAUAGGGAAGAAAACUGCAGUUCCCGAGCUCAAGAGUCAAACAGUUGAUGGUAUCUACAGGCUAGUCUGUACAUCAAGAACACAGGACUACUCCCUUACAGUAACUAUUGACGGCAACGAGUUAUCGCGGGUGAAGUUUUUCCAGCUGUCUGCACAGUGGCAGACGCACGUGAAGCUCUUCCCUGUCGCACUCUUCGGCCACGUGGAAGCGCCCUGCUAGGUAGAUUGGCACCAGAAAGACAGCCACAGGAUGGCUCGACUGAGACAAUCAAUGUAUGCUGCUUUAUAGGUCACACGUAAGAUGGACCCUGCGCACAAUCAGGAUAGCUAUUUAUUGUGAUGAUCAUUCAACCUUUUUGAUGAUCAAUCAUCUCAUCAGGAUGUCGGUGAAGUUUGUGUAUAAGGCUACGCAAGGUCUGAGACAGACAAAAUGUUGCCGCUGAAUUUUUUGUUAAAGCUAUUAAUGUUUCAUGCUUUGCCAAUCUCAUGUCUCUAUAGUUACUGAACAAUGUGUCCCUGAAUUCCAGCAGAUCACUUUUUAUAUGAUCUUUGAAAGAGUUUACUCUACGAAUAUGAUCUUUCCCUCUGAAGAGAGUAGUCAUUAACAUUUUUGUUUUAUUUGUAUGUUUUGUUCACUAAUCAUGACUUACAGUCAACUUAGGACAGUCUGCAGAAAGGGUGGUUAGUAGUUCAGAAUCUUCUCUCAACCUUGUAGCAUAGAUAGGAAAUUUCCAUCAUAUCUUAUGCAUUUGAUGCUGCAAUGGGGCAAAGACUAUGAAAGCAACUUGUUCCCAAGAGAGAUGGUAUAUUUCAUGUUAAGCAACCAGUUCUCCAUGUUAUUUUUAGUUUCUUACCCUCGUAAAGUUGCUGCUUCUGCCACUCACAACCUUUGCAGGUUUCUGUCCGACACCAUCAGUAUUAUUUUCCAUCAAUCCAUGCAGUCAGUCCCCUCAAAUCAUGAUCUCUUCUGCUCAUUUUCUUAUUAGCAAAAAAAAUGUUUGUUACAUUAAACUUUGUUCUUUUAUAAGUGGUGCAUAUAUCAAUGAUUUGUUUGAAAUUUGGUGCUAAGUUUGGCUUUAUUUGUCAUUGAACCAGUCCUUGAUGAUAAAUGAUAUUCAAAACAUUUCCUGGGACAUUUUGAAGUACUGAAAAGUUUUUCUUUAUUGAUGUCCAGGAAUGCUUUGAAGACUUUUACUUCAUUGUUUAUAUGCUCAGUAAAGUUGCUCAAGAUGCAUUUUUCAGUCUGUAUUGAUUUGGUCUUUUCCCCACUAAAUCCAAAGUUGAUAUAUGCAGAUGAAUAUAAAGAGGCUGGAUGGACAUAAGGUGAAAGAGUCAUUUGAUAAUAUAUGAAAAUUAGGUCUAAUGAUGGCUUCCUAUGAAGAGUGUAUCUGUCUUUUUUUUUCAAGUAUUUUUUAAGGGGCUGGCAAACAUUUUAAUAGUCUUUCCAAGGGAUUUGUCUGGCCAAAAGAUUAUGAGAGGAUCCAUUGGUUUAAUAAGCAUAUGAAAUGGUAAAAAAAAAUGUGAUACACACAUUCACUUCAUUUAAAUUUAAAGAAAAUCAUUUGGAAAAUAAAAGGAAUGCUUCUGCUUAAGCAGAUUUUCACCCUUAAACAUUUUUUUCAAUUCUUUUUCUUUUUUUAAUUUGUAAAAAAAUGAUUGCCCCUUUCAAGCCAGUUUUAUAUGAUUUGUUACAUGCGUUCAUCCCCCCACCAAAAAAACAAAUGGGAAGACAAUGAAAAGUUUUUAAUUUCAA